AUGGCUGACCUAGGUGCUGUGGCCACGUUCGAGGAGGACCUGACCUGUCCUAUCUGCCUGAGCAUUUACAGCAACCCCGUGUCCCUGCGCUGUGGUCACAGCUUCUGCAAGAAGUGCAUCCAGGAGGCGCAGAGCCACCAGCUUUGCCCGCAGAGCCUUUUCAGCUGCCCGCUGUGCUGCGCCCGGGCAGACUUCGCUACGGAGCUGCAGCCCAACGUCCAGCUCCGCAGCAUAGUGCAGAAGUUUUUGGAUGCUCCCACUCGUGAAGAGGAGAAAAAUAGCGAAGUGCAACGUGAAGAGAAGGGGGAAAGUUCGGCCCAGCAAGACGAGGUGAUCCCGUGUGAUUUCUGCCUUCAGGAGCCCCAGCCAGCCGCGAAGACCUGCCUGAGCUGUGAGGCCUCCCUGUGCCAAGCCCACCUGAGCAAGCACAGUACAAAUAACUCCCUGAAAGACCAUGUCCUGAUGGAGCCCUGUAAUGCACUGGUUUUGGCUGAGAGGAAAUGCUCCCAGCACGGCAAACUGCUGGAAUGCUACUGCAAGACAGACUCGGUUUGCAUCUGCGUGCUGUGCUGUGUCACCAGCACCCACAAGAACCACAAGAUCAUCGCUUUGGAGGAGGCUCAUAGACAAGCACAGACUAAGGAGAGCUGGCAGAGGAAUCAGCUGGAGAGUCUCUUCAAAGACAUGCAUCAGCAGCUAGAUAACAAAAAAAGAGAGAUCCUGGAAGUUCUCAGUCGCAAUGAGGAGCAACAGCUUUCUCAGAUUCAGACGCAGAUACAAAAACUCAAAGAGGGGAAGGAUGCAGCCAGCCGUGAUGUACAGAAGCUGGAGGCUCUGAGGGAUCAGAAAGACCUACUUCUUUUCACCAAGAGUGACCAGAGCUUCUCAGAGGGCUGUCACUUCUGGGAGGUGGACACCAGCAAAGCGAGUCGCUGGAAGCUUGGAAUCACUCAACCCAACACUGAGUGCUACCUGCAACUGUCUAAUUGUUACCUCUCUGUGUUCCUAGGUCAAGCAAUGAUUUCAGAAAAGAACUUACCUGCAGCUCUCAAAGUGGUCAGGGAUCUCUGA